ACGAAGCCGAACCCCCAGAAUAUGUUGAUUGGGAAGCAGAAGAAGGCAAAGGCAGAGGGAUACGAUACCAAUUCUCUGGCAAUUCACUCAAAGGUCAAUGCCUCGGAUUUCAUCAAAUCUUCAGGAUAUCUAGACAUUCUGGGAGAGGCAAAUGUGAUCCUUCUAGACGAUCCAAAAUGGAAAAACCACGAAAAAACGACAGAAGAAGUUGUGGAAUACAUGAAAGACGUCAAAGUUCUGGGUCCUCGAGAGCUCAGAGUGCUCCUUCGCUGGCGAAAAUCCAUGCUGGAAACUCUGGAAGCCGAACGGAAAGCCGUGGAAGGAGAAGCGCAGGAUGUAGAGAUUGAGGAGGAUCUGACGGAGGAGCAAAUUGAGGAUCGGGCUAUGGCUGAGAUCGAUGAGCUCAUCGCCAAAGCAUCGGAGGACGAAAAAGCGGCUCUGAAGAAGAAAAAGAAGAAGAUGUUGAAGGCAAAAGCCAGGGUUUUGAAGAGAAGAGAGCUUAAAAUGAUUAUUGAUGGAGACGAGGGACCACAGGCUGAGGAUCAGGAGGUGUUCCAGUUGAAGAAGAUUCGCAAGGCCAAGGAGUUGGCGGAGAUUACCAAGGAGACGCAGGCGCCCGAUUUUGAGAAUGUGGAAGGUAAGGGGGCGGGAUGGAGGGGCUGGGGAGGGAGGGAGUGGCUUUACCUGGAAAUUUCGCUAUUUUCAGCCGUUUUCUGA